AUGGAGCACGAGAUGAAUCGGCAGUUUGGUGCAGCAUCUGCAGUGAUGCGGGUGCUGCGCCGUGCUGAAAAAGGAGCAGAGCCGGAAGGAUGUCAAUCACAGCAUGGGCCAGUUUGUGGCCGAGCUGUAAGAAACUCCAGAAUUGUGGGAGGUGAAAAUGCAUCUCCGGGAAGCUGGCCCUGGCAAGUCAGUUUAAUCUCGAACGGCACUAACUACUGUUCAGGGUCCCUGAUUAACAACCAGUGGGUGUUGACGGCUGCUCACUGCUUGACAGUAGAUGACCUUCAAACUACAGAAGUGUUCCUGGGCCGCCACAGCCAGUCAGGUCCAAACUUGAAUGAAGUGUCACGGCGACUUGACAGGAUCCAGUGCCAUCCAUCAUAUGAAUUUCUGACCAAAAACAACGACAUAUGUCUUCUGAAGCUGUCGGCGCCGGUGAAUUUUACGGACUACAUACAACCGGUCUGCUUGGCCUCCGCAGAGAGCACUUUCCACACCGGGGUUAGCAGCUGGGUCACUGGUUUUGGUUCUACUCAGGCUGCCAACAUCCUGCAGGAGGUGAAUUUACCAGUGGUGGGAAACAAUGAGUGCCAAUGCACCCAUCGCCACCUCACAGACAACAUGAUCUGUGCUGGGCUCAAAGCUGGAGGGAAGGAUGCAUGUCAGGGAGACUCAGGGGGGCCACUGGUGACCAAAAAAGAUUCAAUGUGGAUCCAGAUUGGAGUUGUGAGUUUUGGUGAGGGCUGCGCCAGGCCUAUGAGUCCUGGAGGUUACACACGUGUAUCCCGGUACCAAGACUGGAUCAGAAACAUCAUUGGCAGCAGCGAACCUGGCUUUGUUACCUACAUCUCCUCAGGAGUGGACAGUGACUUAAACUUUAACUGUCCUACAUCACCAUCAGGCAUUGCCGCAACCACCACAACGCCCAGUACUACAACAACCAGAACAACACCCACUACCACAACAACCAGCACAACGGCCACUACCAAAACCAGCAAAGCACCCACCACCACAACAACCACCACUGCGACGCCUACUACCACAACAACAAGCACAAUGCCUACUACCACCAAGUCCAACAUGACGCCCACUACCACAACAACCAGCACAAUGCCCACAACCAGCACAAAACCCACCACCACAACGACCAGCACAACACCCACUAUCACAGCCAGCACAACACCCACCACCACAAUGACCAGCACAAUGCUCACAGCAACUACAACAAAGCCCACUACCACCAAAACCAGGACAAAGCACACUACCACAACCAGCACAACACCCACCACCACCAGCAGCACAAUGCCCACAACCACAACCAGCACAAAACCCACCACCACAACGACCAGCACAACGCUCACAACAACAGCAACAAUGCCCGCUACCACCACAACCAGGACAACGCCCACUACCACAACCAGCACAGCACCCACCACCACCAGCAGCACAAUGCCCACCACCACAACGACCAGCACAACGCUCACAACAACAGCAACAAUGCCCGCUACCACCACAACCAGGACAACGCCCACUACCACAACCAGCACAGCACCCACCACCACAACCAGCACAAUACCCACCACCACAACGACCAGCACAGUGCCCACUACCACAACCAGCUCAACAUCCACCACCACAACAACCAGCACAACACCCACUACCACAAUAAUUAGGACAAUGUCAGCUACCACAACAACUAGAACAAUGCCCGCGACCGCCAAAACCAGGACAACACCCUCUACCACAACCAGCACAACACCCACUACCACACUAACUAGAACAAUACCCGCUACCACAAUGACCAGCACAACGCCCACCACCACAACCAGCACAAUACCCACCACCACAAUGACCAGCACAACGCCCACCACCACAACCAGCACAAUACCCACCACCACAAUGACCAGCACAAUGCCCACCACCACAACCAGCACAAUACCCACCACCACAAUGACCAGCACAGCGCCCACUACCACAACCAGCACGACACCCACUACCACACUAACUAGAACAAUGCCCGCUACCACAAUGACCAGCACAACACCCACCACCACAACGACCAGCAUAGCAUCCACUACCACAACCAGCUCAACACCCACCACCACAAUGACCAGCACUACCACAGUAACUAGGACAAUGCUCGCUACCACAACAACUAGAACAAUGCCCGUGGCUGCCAAAACCAGUACAACACCCACUACCAUAACAUCCAGGAUAAUGCCUACUACAACCAAAACCAGGACAAUGCCCACAACCACAUUAACCAGCACAAGGCUCACUACCACAACCAGCACAACACCUACCAACACAGCAACCAGUACAUCACCCACUACCACAACCAGCACAACACCCACCACAACAACAACCAGCACAACACCCACUACCACAGUAACCAGAACAAUGCCCGCUACCACCAAAACCAGGACAGUGCCCACUACCACAACAACCAGCACAAUGCCCACUACCAUCAAAACCAGCACAGUACCCACUACCACAACCAUCUCAACACCCACCACCACAACAACCACCGCGACGCCCACUACCACAACAACCAGCACAACGCCCGCUACCACAACCAGCUCAACACGCACCACCACAAUGACCAGCACAAUGCCCGCUACCACCAAAACCAGGACAACACUCACAACCAUAACAACCAGCACAGCACCCAUUACAACAACCAGCACAAUGCUCACUACCACAUUAACCAGCACAAGGCUCACUACCACAACCAGCACAACACCUACCAACACAGCAACCAGUACAAUGCCCACUACCAUAACCAGCACAACACCCACCAUGACAACAUCCAGCACAAUGCCCACUACCACCAAAACCAGGACAAUGCCCACUACCACAACUACCGGCACAACACCCACCACCACAACCAGCAAAACACCCACUACCACUACAACCAGCACAACGCCAACUUCCACAACCAGCACAAUGCCCACUACCACAUUGAGCAGCACAAAGCUCACUACCACAACCAGCACAACGCCCACCACCACAACCAGCACAACACCAACCACAACAACCAGCACAACACCCACUUCCACAACCAGCACAAUGCCCACUACCACAUUAAGCAGCACAAAGCUCACUACCACAACCAGCACAACACCCACCACCACAACAACCGCCGCGACACCCACUACCACAACAACAAGCACAAUGCCCACUACGACAACCAGCACAACGCCCACCACCACAACCAGCACAAUGCCCACAACCACAUUAACCAGCACAAGGCUCACUACCACAACCAGCUCAACACCCACCACCACAACGACCAGUACAAUACCCACUACCACAACCAGCACAACACCCACCAGAACAACAACCAGCACAAUGCCCACUACCACAACAAUCAGAACAAUGCCCGCUACCACCAAAACCAGGACAACACCCACUACCACAACCAGCACAACACCCACCACCACAACAACCAGCACAACGCCCACUACCACAACAACCACAACAAUGCCCGCUACCACCAAAACCAGGACAACACCCACUACCACAACCAGCACAACACCCACCACCACAACAACCAGUACAACGCCCACUUCCAUAACAACCACAACAAUGCCCGCUACCACCAAAACCAGGACAACACCCACUCCCACAAUCAACACAACACCCACUACCACAACAACCAGCACAAAGCCCACUACCACAACAACCAGCACAAUGCACACUACCACAACAACUACCACAACACCCACUAGCACCACAACCUCAACAUUCCUGCUUAACACAACAUCCACUCACUUUAGCUCACUCUGUCUUCUGGUGAUUUCACUCUAUGGGCUGGUUGGUGACUUAUAA